CAGCAGUUGUUUACGGGUACUGAUGUAUUUGCGGAUGAACAUCGUGUUGGCUGGCUGUCAAAAGAGCUAGCUCGGCAGGAGGGAAAGCAGCACAGGUUGUUCCAGAGGUUGCCAGAAAGGGACAAGGUUCUGUAGUGUCCACAGCCAGUCCUCAGUUCCUGCUGGUUCAGCCCUGAGACAGCGGCACCAUGGCCGACCAUGAAGAAUCGAAGAAGAUGAACGGCAGUGCGGGCCACUCUCCCCAUCUUUCAGAGCCACCCAAAGAAAGCAUGCAGCUUAAGAAGGAGAUCUCACUGCUCAAUGGAGUCAGCCUGAUCGUAGGAAACAUGAUCGGCUCUGGCAUCUUCGUCUCCCCCAAGGGUGUGCUCAUCUACAGUGCCUCUUACGGGCUGUCGCUAGUCAUCUGGGUCAUUGGGGGACUGUUCUCUGUGGUGGGGGCCCUCUGCUACGCUGAGCUGGGCACCACCAUCACCAAAUCAGGGGCGUCUUAUGCAUACAUCCUGGAGUCAUUCGGUGGUUUCAUAGCAUUCAUUCGUCUGUGGACAUCUUUAUUGAUUAUUGAGCCCACCAGCCAAGCGGUCAUAGCCAUUACAUUUGCAAACUACCUGGUGCAGCCACUCUUUCCAACAUGUGAACCACCAUAUGCAGCAGCCAGGCUCAUCGCUGCAGCGUGUAUAUGCUUACUGACAUUCAUCAACUCUGCAUAUGUAAAGUGGGGGACCCGAGUGCAAGAUAUUUUCACCUAUGCCAAGGUGGCUGCCCUCAUUGUCAUUAUCAUUACUGGCAUUGUCAAACUGUGCCAGGGUUACACAACCAACUUUGAAGCAUCCUUUCAGGGAUCGUCUACAGACCCUGGUGACAUCGCGCUGGCACUCUACUCUGCUCUUUUCUCCUAUUCUGGCUGGGACACCCUCAACUUUGUUACUGAGGAGAUCAAAAACCCUGAAAGGAACCUGCCCCUGGCCAUCGGCGUCUCUAUGCCCAUCGUCACUAUCAUCUACAUCCUCACCAAUGUGGCCUACUAUGCUGUUCUGGAUGUCAGUGCUAUACUGGCCAGUGAUGCAGUGGCAGUGACAUUUGCAGAUCACACUCUUGGUGUGAUGAGCUGGACCAUCCCUAUUGCUGUGGCUCUGUCCUGCUAUGGAGGCCUCAAUGCCUCCAUUAUAGCUGCAUCCAGGUUGUUCUUUGUGGGCUCUCGUGAGGGUCACCUUCCAGACGCUCUGUCUAUGAUCCACAUUCAGAGAUUCACUCCGAUCCCUGCUCUGAUCUUCAAUUGUAUCAUGUCUCUGAUCUACCUGACAGUGGAAGACGUCUUCCAACUCAUCAACUACUACAGCUUUAGCUACUGGUUCUUUAUGGGUCUGUCCAUCGCCGGCCAGAUCUACCUCCGCUGGAAAGAGCCCGACAGACCCAGACCGCUCAAGUUGUCUUUAUUGUACCCGGUGGUGUUCUGCCUAUGUGCUGUUUUCUUGGUGGCAGUACCUCUCUACAGCGACAACAUCAACUCCCUGAUUGGCAUCGCCAUUGCACUGUCAGGCGUUCCUGUCUACUUCCUGGGUGUCCAUUUACCAGAGUCCAAACGGCCGCCUAUCAUCACCAAGUUGCUGCGUUCUCUCACUCACCUCACCCAGUACACCUGCUACUGCGUACUGACAGAGAUGGACAAGAGUGAAUAGCAUCCAAUACACUUAAAAACUUGAUACAGCAGUCUCUGCAUCCUCGCAGCUGACAGUCACCAGGGGAGCCAGACGAGGGAUUCUUCAAUGAAAAAAGAGAUUUUAUUGUACUGUUCACCGUGAUGAAGCUCCCAGGCUCCACUGACUUGUUUACAACACCGAUGAUGCUGCCACAGACGCCACGUUCACUUGCAGAUUUAUCCUGAAACUCAAGGACAUUCAAAACCUCCAGCCAUAAGGAUAGACAGUACUGUUAUAUGGCAUAUUGUGGACAUGGCUACAGUUUAAUUUCUUCAGCACAUUAUUUAAUUAUCUUUCUAUAUAUAGAUAUAUUAAUAUAAAAGAUUUGCCUUGUUAGUUCCACAGGUAUGUGUCUAUACUGGUGCAGUGCCCGUUAAAAACGUGCAGACUGCUUGGCCUCUAGUAUUGCUGCUUGCAGCCUUCUCGAGCGCCACUCAUCCAAACUACUUCACAUUCAACACUGAGCUUCCUUCCUGAGCAAUAACCUGCCAUGACAUAGUUGCAUCCCCUAGCAGUGCUAGAAUAUACGCAUCAUUUGGGUGCAAAAGCUCACACGAACAUUUAUGGCCUCAGUGAAGUCACAGCCCGGCUGUUCAUUUCAAAAGUUACAUGUGUUAAUUGUAACAACUCUGUUCUCCUCGAUCUCGUCUUCGUCUGUUUAUGAAUGUACUGGAGUGAGCGUCGGAGAACGAGCUGUAUCCAGCAUGCCUUUCAGAGGUGUAACAGUUAAUAGGGGUCCACAUUUCAGUACACUACACAGUGUGUACUUCUGGCAGUAGUAAUGCACUACUCGUAGACGCGUAGAUCUGAAGAGCUUGCACUCAGCACUGCACUUCCUGGGGUCCUCAGCAAUGCAGCCACCAUGUGUGAAGUCGACUGGAUAAACGGUUGUCGGACAGCACAAGCUAGGACAGAGACAUUUUUCUCUGAGAGAGAGUCAGAGACUCCCUUCGCUUUCACUAAAGGGGAACUUCACCCAUUUUCAAAAUUCAUACGUUAUUCCUACGGUCAAAGACAGUCCAAAAAAAUUAGUAAACAUGAACAACUCUCUAUUCAUUCA